UUUGCACCGUCGCUCCCCCUGGUGGCGGGUGUUGAAAGUGGGCGAUCAGGUGCCGAGCGAGACACAGCAGACUGGACUCUCGGCCGGCAUCACUUGAUGGCCAACUUUUGAAACACCUGGACGAAACGUUAACUCUACUUCACCAACUAUGGACCUUACAGCCUUAGCAGUGUUACUUAUCUGUGGCGUCUCACUCUGCCAUCACGGGGGCGUGGCCUACCCUCAGCCGGAAGUGGGCGCGGAGCCCGCUCGUUUCGACUUCCGGGACUCCGAGGUGGUGGACGACCUGGAGCCGAGGGCCGACGGCGACAAAAUCAGCGAGAAAUUCGACGACAUCAACCAGCCGUUUGUGGACAAGUUCGACGUGCUCAACCAAGUCGACCCCAAAAUGGGCCGCGAGAUUUUCAACUCCAUCUCUCGGGCUUUCUCGUGGGCCAUGCAAGAGUCGCGAGACAACGAUUUAAAGUACAUUCUCGCUGACCUGCUCGAGAGACUGCAGGCCAAGCUUAACGGCUACAGCAAGCGGGGGUGGUCGCGGGUCAACGUUCAGACAAGAUACGCUCCAUUUGGCACCAAACUCGUACCCAACCGGAAACUAGAAAACAGUGGCGCGACCUUGCUGCGUUAUGGUCGAUCUGUUCAAGGUCAUUAAAAUCUAAUAAUUAAAUAAAAACAUCUUAAUUAAGAUCGGUGACUUGGAUUAUAUUUGAGAGUUUCAAAAAAAUGCAUUUGUCAAAAAUUUUGAACUUCACUGUUAGCACGUUUUAAAAAAAAAUUCAAUUUCAAUUUGAGAACCAAAUCCUGUUCCAAAUAAAUUAUUUU